GCUGUUAUUGUUUAUAUACUUUAUUUUCUACUUUUAUGGGGAUUAUUUUCGUUUGUUGUGGAGUAUUUAGGUGUAGAGUUUAUUGUGAUGGAUCAGUCAUACUCAGAAAGUGAUGUUUCGUUAUCUCCUUCACAAAUAUUGGACCGUUUGCAAGUGUUGCGGCAGCUGCAACUGUUGCAGCGAGGGAAACUGCAAAAACAGCGGUUACAGUAUCAAGAAAGCACUGAAACAUCUUCCAGUAUCACCGAAAUUGUGAGCCAUUUUAGUAACAGUACCAGUUAUAACACUUUUAGAAGUUUAUUGCAAUCUUCUUGCGAUACUUCCAAUGACACCACACCGCGCCAGGACACGAGCCGUUUGUCUCCUAAACUGAAACAGCAUGAUCUAAUAGAAGGUGUCGCAGCUUUAAAUUUAUCGCAAGAGUCUGAAUUCAUAGUAAACUCGCCUUUAUCAUCUAGAAGUAGAAUUUCAGCAUCGUCUAGAAGAAAUGAGAGCCCAAACAGAAACUCAGAUACCAAGUCACAGACAAAAAAGCAAAUUGCAUUGGAUGAAAUGCCAAUACUAUCUCCUAAACAAGACUUUGAAGCAUUAGUCUUAGAAAAACUUAAGAAUGAAAAGAUUCAAAAAUCUAAAAGUCCUAAUAUUAAAAACAAUACUACUCAAAACAAAAAACCAUUUCUGAGGAGAGGUGAAGGAAUGUCAAGGUUUGGUGUGAAGAAGACUGAUCUUAUCAUACAAAAUACAAAAUCACUACCUUGGCGCAGAAAAAGUUUAGAAACCAGGGUUGUACACACACCUAAAAAAGUUGAAGAUAAUGAAAAGCUUAAUGUAGAUAUUAAAGUUCCCAAGCUGAAACAAACACUAACUAAGAGAUAUGAAAGUCAACCAAAUCAUAAAGAUUUUGAAAGUAAGGAUAAGUCACCUGUUGAACAGGCCAAAACAAGUGCACAAAUAUCUGUAAAUUCAAGCAAUUGUCAAACGCACAAUGACAAACCUGAGCUCAAAAUAGAUCUUCCGAAGGGAAAACAUCCCCUAAGAAGCAAUACAAACAAAACAUGGGCUGCAGUACUCACUAAAGAACAAGAUGACUUCUUAAGACAGUUAAAACAAAGUGAUUAUUAUAAAAACUUCACUUCACCAGCAAAAAGUACAGUUUCUGAUGCCAGCUGUGAUGGCUACCUGAAUAAACUGAGCCAAGAGCGGGAAGUAGCUGAGCAAAACAUGUUUGAACUUCUGGAAAAUAAAGUUACCCAUGAGAGUUUCAAUUUGGAAAACUCAUUCUUUAAUAAAUUCUUGAAGAGAACCAUGGACUGCUCAGGAGAAAGCACACCAUUGAUUAUGCAGAAAUGUUUAAGUAAAAAUCCUAACUUACUUCACAUAUUUCCAGAAGUUAUUAAAGAGAGAAAUAAAUGUGAUAGUGAAUGCAGCUGUGACUACACAGAUUGCAGUGAUGCUGCCUCUGAGGCCAGCUGUUCAUGUUCAUGCAAGACUCUUGAAGAAACUAAAUGUUCAGAAACUUCUACUAAGAGUGAUAAGAAAAAAGAUAAUAAACAAAAAAAUCAAGUUACAAAACCAAAAAGAAAAGGAGGUAACAAUGAAAAUAAAGAAGAUUGUCAUGAUGACACUGUCACAGAAACUGAUUCAAUUAAAGCUAACAUGGCAGAGAUGAAUGCUAAAUUAGUUGCAACCAGUGAACUUUUAAAAGACAGGCUCAGGGAACUAGAAGAUGAAAUUGAAACUUUCAGGAAACAAAAUAGUGAUUUGGCAAAAAUGCGCGAAGAAAUUGAUUUGGAAAGACAAAAGUUUUAUGAAGAAAAGAAUACUUUUGAACAGAAGUUAAAUGAAGAAAAAAUAUUAUGUGAGUAUUAUUUGGCUGAGGAAAAAGAAAGGCUUAAUAAACAAAAACAAAUGUAUGAAAGGUAUGUAAGAGAAAUGAGAGGAAGAUUAAACAAAAAGGAAAAAGAUGAAGUUAUCAAUUUAAAGAAGGAAAUUAGUGAUUUGAAAGAAGAAAUAAGGAACAAAGAUGCAAAAUCAACCUCUACCAUUGCAAGACUUCGAAACCAACUUAAAAUUAUGGAAAAAGAAAAAGGUAACUUACAGGAAGAAGUUGAAAAACUUAAAAAAGAAAAUAGGCGCAUCCAACAUAGCAAUGAAAUAACAAGGCGAUUAACAAACGUGAAAUAUCUUGAAGAAAUUAACAAAAAGCUUUCACAUAUAGCAAAAGAACCACAUUCGGAAAUGAGUCUUGACAAAGAUGUGAAGUACAAAGCUUUUGAAAUUGAAAGACAAAGUAGGAGUAGAAAAAUACAACCUGUUCUCAAAGGCACAACAAGACCUAGAGCAAAGAGUGUUCCUAAUCUAAAAGUAACUUCUAGAUAUGCCAAGUACUUUAGCCAGAGAGACACUUUUAGUCAAGUGGAGAAAAAUGAGACUUUGAAUUACGAAUGUUUAGACAGGUACAGUCCAUCAUAUGAUGUUCAAGACAAUAAUAGACUUCCCUUGGAUGAUGCAGAAUCUGUUGAAGAUAACGAUGAACUGCCUAAUGAGGAUGAAGAAAAUUGUUUGGAGAAAAUUUACAUGGAGAGAUUCCAAAACGCGUCACCUGUGAGCAGUAGCAACAGAUCCAGUUUGUCAAACACUGAAAAGAACAAUUUUAAAGGGAAUCCAGACACAUUUUUUAUUCGAAAAUUUAAUUCACACCAAAGGGAUUCAAAGUCACCUAAUAAUACAUCACAUCAAAAUAAUGGCACUAUUACAAAUAGAUCGAAAUCUCCUAUUUCAAUACUAAGCAAUCGGUCUUCAGGGCCUAAAUCUCCGUCAAAAGAUAUGUGUAUACUUAAUCAUUCUGGAGACUCGAACAAGUCGGUUCCAACGUCAAAAUCGCCAGUUUCCAUUCUCGGUAAUCGCUCCUCUUUCAGUCAACGAUCUGCGACAAUCAUCAACCAGGAGCACAGAGACAAACUCAUGUCUGUCAGUCCAGAGCCUUCCACAAGCAAAAAUAGCGUAACAAAAACAAGCCUAAAUCCAAGUGAAAUUAAAAAACCUGACGGAUCUAAAGAACUUAGGUUUCCUAAUGGCAACGUAAAGUACAUAUCAGCUGAUGGGAAGUACAGCAAGUUUGUAUACUACAAUGGGGAUGUUAAGGAGAACUUUUACAAUGAAGGGAGGAUAAAGUAUUACUAUGCCGAGGCGAAGACCUACCAUACCACCCACGCCGACGGAUUGGAAGUUCUAGAGUUUCCAGACGGCCAAGUAGAGAAACGCUACAAGGACGGUUCAUCGGAGAUCCGGCUGCCCAACGGCAGCGUGCGCUACCAGGACCCCAAGAACGAGCACGUGCGUGAGGAGUGGCGCUUUCCCGACGGAACUGCGCUCACCGUCGCUGCCAACGGCGAGCAGCGCAUCCAGUUCUGCAACGGACAGGUCGAGGUCCAUGCUAAGGAUCAUAAGCGCCGAGAAUUCCCAGAUGGCACAGUAAAGCUGGUCUACACGGACGGAACCGCGGAGACGCGCUACGCGUCCGGCCGGGUACGCAUCAAGGACAAACACGGGAACCUCAUUAUGGAUUCUGCUCCAGUGUGACACAUAACAAUAAUUCACUGGUUAUAUACAGCAACAUUUUUACCCAAGAAUAUUUCAAUAAUUUCUAGUGCCUUUAUUGAUUGUAAAUAUCCAACCUAUUUUUUGAUGAAUUAUACUGUUGUACAUAAACUUCUUGUUGAUUGUUACUUCACAUAAAAAACCGAAAUUGUUACUUGACUUCUUGUAGCAAUAUAUAUGUUGUUUUCAAUUAAUUAUAAGUAUGGUUAUGUCUUUAUCAAGUUACUUUUUAUAUUUACGUGCAUAAAUGAAAAAUGGUAUAGAAACGAAA